CACCGUUCAAAAUCUUCUCCUCCUACUUGUUGCUUACGGUCACUGCACCGCCUACUCCAACUUGGGUCAACCUUCAUGGCGUUUCAAGCUUCCUACAAGUCCAGUGCCUGGAAGUGGCUGGGCUUCGUGACUGCCGUCUGGGUCCAGGCCAUUUCCGGCAACAACUAUACUUUCUCUAACUAUUCUGAUGCCCUCAAGACGCUUAUGAACCUCACCCAACUCCAACUCAACAACUUGUCUGUCGCCAAAGAUAUUGGGAAAGCCUUCGGACUCCUCGCCGGCCUUGCUUCAGACUUUUUCCCUUCUUGGGUUCUUCUUCUUAUUGGCUCCAUCGAAGGGGUGAUUGGUUAUGGUGCUCAAUGGCUCGUUGUUAGCGAGAGAAUCAAACCCCUCCCCUACUGGCAGAUGUGCAUAUUUCUGUGUUUGGGAGGCAACAGCACAACUUGGAUGAACACCUCCAUUCUAGUUACCUGCAUCCGCAAUUUCCGGCGCAACCGUGGCCCUGUCUCCGGUAUUUUGAAGGGUUACGUGGGCCUCAGCACCGCCAUCUUCACUGACCUCUGCGCUGCCCUGUUCUCCGAUAGCCCUUCCCAGUUCCUCCUCAUGCUCGCUAUCAUCCCUUUUGCAGUCUGCCUCACCGCCGUAUUCUUCCUCCGCGAAGUGCCCGAUUCCGUCUCCGCCUCGCAAGAGAAGGAAGAGACCCGUUAUUUCACAGUUUUCAACUCGGUCGCUGUUGUCGUCGCCGUAUACCUUCUGGCUUACGAUUUCAUCGGUUCCUCGAAUCAAGUAUUCUCGCUCGUGUUUGCGACUGUGCUGCUCGUCCUCUUGGCCAGCCCCCUGGUAGUUCCGGCGUAUGCCUUUUUAAAGAGUUGGCAAUUGGGUGGGGCUGAAACAGACGUCGAACGACAGGAACCGUUUCUGAGAAAAGAAAUCGUGCCCGCUGAAAAAGAGGCGGCGGCUGCUGACCAGAUUGUCGUGGCAGAAGGCGAGGCGGUGGUGAAGAGAAAGCCCAUGAUCGGGGAGGACCACACGAUCUUUGAGGCGUUAUGGACCCUUGACUUCUGGGUUUUGUUUGUAUCGUUUUUGUGUGGGGUAGGGACCGGUUUGGCCGUGAUGAACAACAUGGCGCAGAUUGGGUUAGCCCUUGGUCACGCCGAUGUUUCCAUCUUUGUCUCGAUGACGAGCAUCUGGGGAUUUUUUGGCCGGAUUGUUUCCGGUUCCGCCUCCGAAUAUUAUCUUAAGAAAGCAGGAACUCCGAGACCUCUUUGGAAUGCAGCAUCUCAGAUCCUAAUGGCUGUUGGCUACAUCCUCAUGGCAUUAGCAGUGCCAGGCUCCCUAUACAUUGGUUCGAUUGUUGUUGGCAUCUGCUAUGGAGUUCGUCUAGCAAUCACGGUCCCAACAGCAUCAGAACUGUUUGGCCUCAAAUACUACGGUCUGAUAUACAACAUUCUAGUCCUCAACCUUCCCCUUGGCUCCCUCCUCUUCUCUGGCCUGCUUGCUGGUUACCUAUACGAUGCACAGGCUACUCCAACACCAGGGGGCGGGAACACCUGUGUCGGAUCUCAUUGUUAUCAACUCGUUUUCAUCAUAAUGGCCAUUGCCUGUGCCGUUGGAUUUGGCCUGGAUGUUCUUCUGGCAAUUAGGACCAAGGACUUUUAUGCCAAGUUAUUCAGCAGUAGGAAAUCUAAAAAAUUAGCAGCUACAACAUCUGAAAAAUCAUAGAAAAUUUGGCUAGAAACAGGAAGUCAGAAAUAUAAGGAUUGGAUUGAUGGGCUUUUGCUCAGUGAUAUCCUGAUUCCUAGAUCAAUUCAGCAUUAUUUUGUGACUUUUUUCUUGAAACCUUCCAAAUACCUGGGAGUUUGUGUGAUCUAAUAUGAUAUCCAGAUCUGUAUUAGUAAAUUUAGUGCUUUUCC